AUGGAGAGGUGUAAUCAAUAUCAAGGCGAUUUCGCUCCAUUGUCAUUUAUUUCUGCAAUGUCAUUUCAUAUGGCUUACGUUCAAUAUUCUCUAACAACUAUGGUUUCUUUGAAUCGUCUAACUGUUUUAAUAAAUCACAAAGUGUUUGAACCGAUUUGGAAAAAGUUCACAUGGCUUUUUGUUGUACUCAUUUAUUUUCUACCAUUUCUUUCCACUUACAAAGUAGUUAUAAUGGAGUCUGAAAUAAGAUACUCCACUCGUGAUAUUUAUGUUUUGGUAACUCCCAAUCUUCCAUUCAAUGAUAUCUACAACAUUCUUAUUCCAUCUUUGUGUAUACUUACAGUUCUUUCAAUUUUAUUCAAUGCAGCCAGUGUCAUAUUUUUGAGAAGUUUGAAUAUUCAAAGGAAGAAAGCGGAAUCUAAUUUCUUGAUUAUUAUGUCUAUUACAACAUUAUUUCAACUUAUUGGAGCAAUUGUUACAGUUAUUCUUUUAAAAUUCAGAACAUCAAUUUACCCUAUACUGUCAACAAUCAUGCCCUUUGUCAGUGAUGGAUUAUCUCUAGUUCAACCUUGGUUGUUACUAUUUUUCAGUAAUGCAAUCAGAAAGGAAGUGAAAUCUAUUUUUGGAAUCCACAAAAAAGUACAACUUGUUCAAGUUCAAUCAAUUACAAACUAGCGAUUGGGUUCUCAACUUCCAAAAACAUUUGAAACUGUUCUCAACUUUUUUUGCAAUGUUUCAAAAUAUUAAGAAGAAGUUUCUCACUAAAUAAAAUUUUCUAUAUAGUGUAUUGUAUCGAAAGACUAAAAAACAAACUGGUGAUCAUA